AGGUGUGUGCAGGACCUCUGCAAAGCGGUAGGCGACGUGCGCGUCUCCGGCAUCUCUGAGCUUAGUACUUUUAAAACACAUAGAGGCUGAGACAGCGUGAAGUGCAAAGCCCGCAUGGAAGCGUGGCUGAAGUCGGCGCUGGAAAGCGGCUACAUCGUCAAGGUGGACAGCACUGAGGUGCAGCACGGUGUGUACUGCGAGGCCUCGCCCUCUCCGUGGUAUGACGACGGUGUGGUCUUUGACUGGGCCACACUGCACCAACGCCUCGUGCAAUCAGCUUCCACUCAGCCCUACGUGGAAACGUAUGUGAGCGCUCUGGCGCAGUUUGGCGCCGGUGCGGCCGCAGACGCUGCCCGAUCCGGCAAGGAGUGCUACGCCACAGUGGUGGAGCUGAAGGCGCCGUGGUCGCUGCAGCCCCUCUCCGAGCAGGCGCAGAACCUCAGUGUCUUCGACGUUCCUGCAGCGAAAGCUGCGGCGUCUACUGGCACGGAUGGGAGCAAUUCUGGCACUGCUGCCGCCGCUGCAGGGCCGUUGGCAUCCUCGCCACUGUCGGGUCACUCCCGUGACUUCUACAAGUUUAUCCGCGGCCCUCCUGGUCAGCGUGCGGUGCGGGAUGACAUGACCCGCGUCCUUCGCAGCGUCCAGGAGCAGCUGCGCCAGAACAAAAUCCAGGUGUUCUGCUUUUUGAGCUCCUUUGUGAUUGUCUGCGAGGACUUUACGGAGCUGUUGCACCGCACCGCCGCCGUCUUCCAAGCCCUGACAGAUGGCGGCUUCACCGUUGACGGACACGGAUCCGCACUCGGCCCGCGCGUUGUUCAGCGGCUGCGAGUGGGUGGCGGGGACUGGUGGACGACGCUGCAGCUGCACAAGAUCACCGCGGAGGCGGACGUGGUGUCACUUCUGGUGGCUCUCUUUUUCCAGUGGUUGCUGGACGCCUACGUGUGGAGCUGUGUGUCUCCACUUCGCCUGUUCCCCGACGCAAGGGAGAAGGGAGCAGAGGAACAGGCAAAAGGGGUGCGCCUGUUUGAGAAGUUUGUGCGUGGCCUCGUGCUGCCGAGCAUCCACGCGAUUGGGCUGGCUGCGCUAACAGCUACCUUGCCGGAGGAGGGAGGCAACUUGCUGGAGCUGGCGGCUGUGAAGCUCGAAAGGAAGCUGCCGCCGGUGGGCCCGCAGCGGUGGAGCGUGCUAGAGUUGCGGCUCGUGUUGUGCCAAAUCAACGCGUAUCAUCACCUGCCCUCCGAGUACUUGGGACGGGUAGAGACGGCAACGGCAACGCUUUCUGCUGCAACGCAAACGAAAAAAUGA